GAGAAGAAUCAUUAUUCUGAAAGUAUCCCUUCUGAUGUCUUCUCUCAGGAAAAUUUAUCAAGGAAAUUUAUGAAGAAGGAAUUAGAAUGGCAAAAUAAUCACAAGCAGAUAAAGAAGAAUAAGAAUAUUGCGGACCUUCCUGAUGACCAAACAUACUCGAAAAAACCUCUCAUAGAGUCCCAUCAGAAUUAUAAUUCAACAUUUAAUCUUUUUACUAAAUUUAAUUGUGAAGAAGAUGUAGAUAUUGAGUCUGAAUAUUAUGAUACUAGGAAACGGCAUAAGAUUUUUUAUUCAUGGAAAGAUGUAAUUGAUAAAUGGAUUGUUGAAAGCUACAAUCUCUCUAAUGAGUUUCAGAACUUUCAACAGCUAACAAUUCGACAAGUUAAAGAAACCUUCAAUUUGAAACAAAAUUUUCGAAGACAAUUACCUCUAAGUCUGCCACCAGUAGUGAAUAAUAUGGCUCUCGAAUAUUCUUCCAUGUUGAAUUCUUUUACAUUAUUAAGUGAUAUUCAGGACGUAUCGUGUGCUAAUUUUUCCAAAGUUGCAGAAUUGAAUGAUCAAGUUAUAAUUAAUGUAACGCUGAAUAGAACAUUUUCUUGCUAUAGUUUAUUACUAAGUUCGAAAAGCGUGAAUAGCAAUAAUGAAGACACCUUUGUCCUUGAAACUUUGUAUGAUCUAUUUAAAGAAAAUUUUCACGAUUCAAUGUUUAAGUUGAUAUGGGCAAAUAGCGAGAGUUCCAUUUCAAAAAAUCACCGUUCUAGCAGUUCUACUAAACUGAAAGAUUCAUCAUCUAUAUUGAUCAAUAAAGAUUUUGUUAAGCUUUUCAACUUCCAAGCAAAUGCCUUAGAUGAAUUAGUCAAGAGAUAUGGAAAUAGGAUUGGAUUAGUUUCUUUCGGUAUUUGGAUUUGCGGCGCAUGUAUUUGCAUCUAUAAGAUGGAUAUAAAUUAUGACAGAAUUUAUAAAAUGUUCUUAACAGUAAAUGUAUUUACUCCAAUGGAACAGGGGGCAAUUUUUAAGUUUGUGCAAAUCUCCAAACCAUUAAACACUUUGUGA